GGGUGGUGGCUGUAGGCGAGGUCAGUCGACCGGGGAAGGGAGCUGCUGCGGUGGUCGGGGAGGGAGAAGAGGCUUCGGGGGCUGCUGCAGCCUUCAUCAUGUCCCACAAGCAGAUCUAUUACUCGGACAAAUAUUUCGACGAGAACUACGAGUACCGGCAUGUAAUGUUACCAAGAGAACUGUCAAAACAAGUACCAAAAACUCAUCUAAUGACUGAGGAAGAAUGGAGAAGACUUGGUGUACAGCAAAGCCUUGGCUGGGUCCACUAUAUGAUUCAUGAACCAGAGCCACACAUUCUUCUUUUUAGAAGACCCCUUCCAAAAGGCCAGCAGAAAUGAAUAACUUCUAGAAACUACUUUGAAAUCUGGAACUUUAUGUAUAUGGGUGUAUGUAUAUAUGUUGGUAGUAUUCAGUGAAUACUUGAAAAAAAAAGUACAAAAGUCAUUACCUGUGCAUGAGCUGUAUUAUUCACAGCAACAGAGCUCAGUAAAAUGCAAAGUAGGCUGCUAUGGUUUGUACUGUUAAGUGCCUAUUUGACUGUCCAUUGUGUUCAAUAAAGUUUACAAGUUACAUAGGAUUUGUUGACUGGAUUCUCAAAUAUUCAGAUAUCUAGUGCUUUUAUUUGUUGUAUAGCAUAUGGAGCAGUUCUUUGACUUCUGAACUGUUGAAGUAGGGCUGAUGAAAUAAAACCUGUUUUAAUGCUAGAUAAUUUGCUUUGUGUAUAUUUCAUGUAUUUCACCUUAUACCGAAACAGCGCUGUAUAUUCCUACUGAUUAUGAUAUUAAACAAAUUAUGCAGCUGAUGUAAAGAGUUGUAACUGAAUAAAUGCACCCCCUUAA